AUACACUAGUUAUGAGGCGCUGCUAGAUGGCAGCAGAAUAACAGUAACGUUAGGUGUUGCGUUAUGAAGGUGUUAUAGUGUUGGUUUCAGUAAUGACAGGAAAGUUAUAAUGUGGAAAAUUAUUACAGGCGUUGCCUUUCCAUUUGUGCACCGAAGAAUUAUCGGGAGUUCUAGGCUGAAAUUGUUUUCCUUGGAGAAAAGAUUGUUCCUAUCUGAUGCUUACAAAUGUCAAGAAGCCUGGGAAAGAAGACUUCAGGUACCUGUCCUGCAGAACAUUAAAUUAGAUGAUUUGUUCCAAGAAUUAGACAGCAAAUUCCAAAAUGUGGGGAAAGCAAGUGCCAUUGACAUUGAUUUGUUUGCAAAUGCAGUGAGGGACGAAUCUUACACAAAUGAGCUGGAAGAACUGUUACACAAAUUAAGAUUAAGUCCAAAUGCAACUGAUAUACUGCCUUCCACGUCACACGCAGUUAUUCGCUACUUCUUUUCUUUAGGAAAAUACGAUCAACUCCUUCAUAUUCUUAAUGAUAGAUUAAAUUUUGGAAUUUUCCCAGAUGACUACUGUUGUGGUCUACUUAUGGACACACUGAUCAAGGAAAACAAUUACACAGGUGCAGCCAAAGUGGGAGUUUUGCAGAUGUUUCAAGAAGACUGGUCACACCUAAUCACCUCACAUCUUGCUCUAUAUUCGUGUCACAUGUACCUUAAAAACCCUGGACCUUGGGAAGACCCAGCUCACACAGAAGAACCAGAUGAUGGUGAAGAGAUUAAAGUGAGGGUAAAAUAUUUACGCAACCCUUACUUUGACGAUCACUUUGAUUUGCGUGAUCCAAAGCUGCUUGUUGGUAAAACACUGGCCACCCUGGGUGCCACAAUUCCAGAUGCAAUAGGAUGGACGUAUCAACUGGUUGGAUGGGGAAUGUAUCAGAAAUGGGACAAAGCAAUUAAGACUCUGGAGAAGAUCAUCAAAGGACAGCAGAAACCUGCAAUUUUUAGAGAAGGGGUUGAAAUGUUUGCUGACACUCUGAAGGAACUUUCCCAAGAAGGAAACAACUCCAGUGAACUAAAAGAAAAGUUUUCACACCUACUUAAAGAACUUGAAUCAUUAGGCUUGGUCAGUGACAAUGAUCUGCAUGAAGCAGUGACAAAUAAGGUUAAAUCUGUGGUAAACAGUAAGGAGAACGAGGCUAUUGAACAACAGUGCAAGGUGUAUGCAGAGUGGGAAACCUUAAAACAAAGAUUAUUGCAAGAACAACUGCAAGAGCUAACAAAACAGCAGCGCCUGGCAAAGGUACAGAUGGAGAAGGAAGAACUCUUAAAACGUGAAGAGGUGCUCUUCUUUUUUGAUAAUGAAGAAAAGUGGGAACUUGCGAUCGAGAAGAAGAAAGUGUUUUAUCGCAAACGCUAUUUUGGCAAGAGGAAGAAGCCAAGAGCUACAGAUGAUAAGUACAUCCCACCUGAAGUGACUGCAAGCAGAUCCUGAUGUGUAGGAUAGUAAUUAUGUAAAGUAAUUUGUCUAUUGUAAUGUAACAAAUAAAUCUACCUUAUGGUAAUAUUAAUUAACAUAUA